CAUAACUGUUGGCGGUUAUUUCGUCGACUGUUUAUAUUUUUUUAGUAACUGUCUGCGUGUCUGUCGGUCAGGUAUCGAUGGGGGGAAGAAACUGCUGCGUGAUAAACUGCCGCCGCAGGUCUCAUGACCACCUCGGGAGGAAGAUCCCAAACGGACUAACUUUCCACUGCUUCCCCGCCUGGAGGACCCAUGAAGGGAAGCAGGUAUCCCAGCUAACAAAGCGCAGGAGGGAGGCCUGGGUGGAUGCGGUCGGCCGGAGCGACAUCACGUUCCUCCACAUCUCGUCCUCCAUUAGAGUCUGCUCCAGACACUUUCACUCAGGUAAACCAGCUUAUGAAAUGCUGGUGUCAGAUCCAGACUGGGUCCCAUCACUGCACCUGGGUCACAACGAAGGAACCUCAAGACGCCCCGAGCGUCUCCUCCAGUCUGUGGAGAAGGACAAAGACCAGAACAAAAAAUCCACCAAAACCAAAGACCAAAACCAAAGACGCCACAAGCGUCCCCUACAGUCUGUGCAAGAGGACGGAGAGCAGAACCAAAGAUGCCCUGCAGAGAUGAGUCCUUCACAUGAGACAGAAUCAGCAGCAGGAAGUAAACCAGCUUAUGAAAUGCUGGCGUCAGAUCCAGACUGGGUCCCAUCACUGCACCUGGGUCACAACAAAGGAACAUCAAGACGCCCCGAGCGUCUCCUCCAGUCUGUGGAGGAGGACAAAGCACAGAACAAAAAAAAAUCCACCAAAACCAAAGACCAAAACCAAAGAUGCCGCAAGCGUCCCCUCCAGUCUGUGCAAGAGGACGGAGAGCAGAACCUAAGGCGCCCUGCAGAGAUGAGUCCUUCACAUGAGACAGAAUCAGCAGCAGGAGGUGAAGAGAUGCCAGCAAUCCGUCCCUGGAGAGAAGUUAAAUCUCUGCUGCAGUCUGCUCUGCAGCGUCAAACCAACUUCAACAAGCAGCCUGUGAAGAAGACAGACCCCUGCUUCAGAGACUUCUUUAGAGACGCUCUGGAAGCUUCUCUGGAGGCCUCCAGCAGGUCCAGAGCUCUCUCAGCCCGACAGCCCUCCUCUGAGAAGUUCAGCGUGGAGCUGAGCUUCAAACUUCCACCUGUGAAGGAGGCGAAGCAGACCUGUGAGGAGUCCUCCUCCUCCUCCUCCUCCUCCUGUGAGAACUGUGUGAAGCUGCAGAGCAGGAUCAUGGAGCUGCAGGAGAAGCUGUCACAUCUCACAGGAGAACAGGAGGACUCAUUUGUCUUCAACAAGGCUCCCGUCCAACUAGAGCAGGGGCUACAGAGUCCUGAGACAGCCCACACAGAGGAGAUAUACCCUGAAUGGAUGGAGCCUCUGUCGUCACUUCCUGAAGGUGAAGAUGACCCAGGCAUGGGCUCGUCCAAGUGUAUGCGUCGUCGUCGUGUGACUCGACGCUUCCAGAAGGCCUGGCUGAAGAUGUUCUGGUUUCUACGCUACUCGUCGACGCUGGAUCAGAUGUGGUGCCACGUCUGCCGCCUCCACUCGGACAAGUCCAUGAAAGGCAAAGGGUUAAUCAGAGGUUCCCGGGUGUUCAAGUUCCACAACAUCAGGAAUCACAGCCUCAGCCAGUAUCAUAAAGCCAACGUGUCGCGCCACAUGCUGUAUAUGUGCAACCUGCAGAUGUGACACGUUUCGCUGCUCUCAGAGAUCCUCUACAAACUGAAGGUGUUCCACUACACUCUGCUUUAAUGGGAACAUUCAUGUCUGAUGACAUUUCUCCAUAAAACAGUUCAAUAAGCUAUUUUCUUAAACUUAAUCUCCUCCUCUGUCAUGUAAAAAUCCACAAUCUGUAAAUAUUAGGGGUGAUGAGAAUCUAUAUGGUGUAGUUUGGCAGUAUUUUGUAUGGAAACGCUGUAUCAAUACACAGAUGUCAAGUAUCUUUUUUUUUUUGGUAUAUAAAUCAUAAAUAUUGCAACAACAAAUUUAACUUUUGGUAAUAAAGAGAGUAAUAAAAUCCAUAGCUUUUUCGUUCCAAUAGAUGCAAGAAUAAAAAUUACUGAAGAGAUUAAAAACUGUAUCUCAUAAGAUAAAAACUGACUGUCACGAAGAUUUUCCUUAAUGUGCAGUUGAAAAAAGGUCAUACAUUGCAAUUUAUUUGAUCUCAAUACUUAUAUAACUAAACAUUUAAAAUCAGAUAAUAUUGUAUCACGAUGCCAUCGUAUCAGGGGGCCCUCUGGUGAUUCCUUCCCCUACCAAACAUUAGUGAUUUCUAAAGUUUCUGGACACAAGAUGCCUCCUGCUUCACUGUGAAGUCUGUGUUUCAUACUGCGCCCUGAUUGGCUCCAGACUAGUUGUGAUGUCAUAAAUCAUGCAAAUACAUAGAGGUGUUGAGGUGCAGCUGAUAUUCAGUAACUGCAGCAUAAACAUCUGCUCUGUGAAGCACGCCCUGUGUUCUCAUUUGAGAAAAUCCCAUAUUUUGUUUUCAUUCAUUUCUUUUCUUUCUUUUUUUACUAUAUAAAUUAUUAAUAUGACAAAUACAAAUUAAACUUUAGCGAGCCUACUAGAAUAAUCUAAUAAAUUGCUUUUUCAACUCACUAGAUACACUUUGUUGCUGCAGAAAAAGAGGUUGAUGACCAGACUAAAAACUUUAUCUUAUAGGAUAAAACCGAUGUUGACAGAGUUUUCCUUUGAGGACAAAAUUUACAGUUUAAAAAAGGUAAUAAAUCACAAUAUUAAUGCAAUAUAUUUUAUCGUGAUACUCAGCAUAUCGCAAUAAUAUUGUAUUGUGACUAAAUGUGAAUCCUCUGGUGAUUCCCACCCCUAGUUAUAAGGGUACCUGCGAGUUUCCCCUUUACAGACACGGCCACUUUAUCUAGUUGCAUGCAUGUGGAGCAAAAAUGAUGCAGUUUUUGUUGCAUACAGUAUAAAUGUGUAAUUUUGGCCUUGUAUAUUUGGGAAUUUCUGCAUAUGGGGGUCACUCAACAGUCUUUGAACUGCAGGGAAUUGCAUAAAUCAGGUAUGACUGGAAAGCUGAGAUUCUUGUGGAUUCAAUGAGCCCAGUUUUAUUCAUGUGUGAUGAUGUUAGCUCCCAUAGUAGCUAAGGGUGUUAAUCACCAGCUUCAUCACGGUACGAUAUUAUAUCGAUUUGUUUGGAUGACGAUACAAUGUUUGCCGAUAUCACAAAGUCACGAUACGAUUUUGAUUCAAUUCGAUUCAGGAGCCUGCGAUCGAUAUGACACGAUAUCAUAUGCCCAUCUAACACAAUCAUUUAUAUCAAGUCACAAAAACAACCAGAAUAUGAUUUGACCAUUUUAUUUCUGAGCACUGUUUGUUGUUUGAGGGGAGGCGCGCUUGCCCAGA